AUGACACAGUUUCUCAAGGCUUUAGGAAGGCUUCGGCGUUUGUGCGUGCCAAGAAAGCUGCAUCCAGAGGAGAUAGAAGACAUGGAAAACGCCAUUGACACCAUGUGGCUCUGUCUCCAGGAGUUUGCGGCUGAUGACAAUGUGACGCCCAAACUCCAUGCGCUUCUUGAACACGUGAUGGAAUUCGUUGAAACUCACCACACAUGGGCAAAAACCAGCGAACAUCCCAUCGAAGCAUUCCAUGCUGCUUAUAAUACAUCGAAACUUCGUUAUCGCACGACUCGAAACGAUCUUCUGAGAGCAAAAGAAUGCUUCAAGCGCUGCCUAAUCAACAACAGAGUCUUCGAUCUGUCCUGA